CCUCUCCAUCAGUACUCAACUUACGAGAACGGUGAAAUAACUACCAAACUACCUACAAAACUACUACACAUUUUCAAAAAACUUCAAUUUACUACCAAUUUUUGAUAAAACCAUUUCAAAUUCACUUCAUACAUUUUGUGAAACUUCAAACUCGAAACACAUUUUAAAGAUGUUUCUCUCAUUCCAACCUGCAUCACCAUCACCACGACGUCGUUGCCGAGGAGCAGCUUACGAUCCUUGGGGGAUCAUGGGGAGACAUUUCCCGACGUCCUGCUCGAUGGAGGUGGAUCGCCAAGCGGCUGAAAAUGAAGAACUUGAAGCCCUAGACGCACUUUUGUCCACUCCACUCAGAUUCAUUUCCGCUCUGGCUGCAGCACAAAACCGCACCCAAACUGACGCCCAGAAACGUAAAGAAGCCGCCGCUGCCCCCAAGAAGCAAGAACUUUUCGAGGUCAAAAUGAACGUGGAGGGAUACAAACCGUCAGAAUUGGAUGUCAAAUUAGUCCAGAAUUCUUUGACCAUUUCUGGGAAACAUGAGCACGACGAUGAGACUGGAUCUGUGUCACGAAGCUUUACCAGGACGUGGAACAUUCCCGAAGACGUUCAGCUGGAGGGGUUGACGUGCAACUUUAACUCGAAGGAUAACACGAUGAUGAUUUCCGCUCCGAAGAAGGUGGUAGAACUUCCUCCACCCGUGGAGAAGGCGAUUCCAAUCAGUGUCACCACCCCCACUGACGGAGAAACUGGGGAUAAGACCGAGGAGAAAAUUGAGGACCCAGUUACCACUACGCCCACCCCGGACGUAUCUGCGGAUAUGGAGGAAGCCAUGAACGCCGAGACUUCUUCUAACGAGCCAACUGUUGAAGGCUAAAUUUAUUGUGUUACAUUUUUAAGUACUUCGCACGACAUGCCAUUUUAGAUAUUUACCUAUUUCAAGUAUUUACUAUUUUGUAGUUCAGGUUUAAUUUAUGUGAUCCUUGUUAUGUAUUUAUAAAAAAAAUUAAAAAUAAAAUAAAAAUCCAAUUUAUGUAAUCUUUAAUCCUUA